UCGCGCACGGAAUGUUGCUGUGACACAGUUGUUUCAAGUGCGGUGGAGUGAUGAUGUUUGGUUGUGUAGUUUUGAGUUUUUUUUCGAAAUUAUAAAUAUGAUUUCAAAAUGGCUUGUGCUUCACUUGGAAAAGACUUUGAAAAAACAUCAUCUGUUUAUAUUUAGAUAAAGUACACAUUGGAAAGGUGCCGGCACGCCGACUCAAGAUGCCACCUCACCUGUCGUCUCUGUUCCUCGUGAGGCUCGUGUUGCCUCUCUCACUCGGUGCCUGUGCGGUAAUCAGACAAAAUUUGUUUUCAUUAAUCUACCUGCUACUAUUUUUUAUGUUGCCGUUCAUCAAGGUUCCAACGCUUAAGAAUAUGGCUGGGACGAGUGGUCGAUAUCUGCUGGCAGUUAUGAUCAUCAGUGUCCUUACGACCGUGGCUCAGCUGUCGUUUCACAUUGUAUUGCUUUCUAUGCCACCAUACGGGUAUUUUUUAAAUAAUUGUGGCCUGCUGGAGAAGAUCCUGAGGCACGUGGGGCUGGUGAAGCUGAGCAGUGUCAAGGUGCUGACGCUCAUCCGCCUGACCGCCCCCGAGGUGGUGAUGCUGCUCACCUCUGUCACCGUCUACACCAUCUGCUCCAAGAUCGUGCGCGAGAGGCGGCCCAGCCAGGUGUCGGACGUCAGCACGCCCUCCACCAUCGCCAUUCUGCCCCACAUGUCCGCCUCCUACAACCGCAACAGGCACCUCAACUUCAUCACCUCCGUGGGGAAGUACCUGUCGCUGGCGUCCCUGUGUGUGGCCAGCGCCAUGCGCCCGUCCAUCCCGGGCAGCGUGUACUUCGUGGUGUUCCUGGGGGCCAUGACUUGGUGGGCGUGCUACAAGAGCCUGGGGCGGGCGUUCGCCAUGGUGCUGCGCGCCGUGGUGGCGCUGGUGGCGCUGCACGUGCUGGCGCUGUUCGCCAUCCAGCUGCAGUGCGUGCAGGACUACCUGCCCGCGGAGGACUGCAGCUUCUGCAGGUACUUUGGUCUGACUGUGCUCGUAAUGAGGAACUGCACAAACCCGCAAGAGGAAACUUUCGCCAGAGUGGACUGGGAUUACUACCUCAACCCCGUGAUACUACUGUUCCUAUUCUAUAUUUUGGUUAUUGAAUCUCAUCUGCUGUUGAAACCUCGUGCCGGUAAUGUAGACAGGUAUGCUAAAAAAGAUAACUCGAAAGGCCCGCUGUCGCGCCAGAUAUCGGUGCGCUUGUCGCAGCGCAAGGCAGCGCAAAGUUCGGCCAGUAGAUGGCGCUCGGCGACGCGCCGAGUGCGAGUGAGGUAUAGGGAAGAUGUCUCAUCUUACACCUUGAGCGAAAGAACUAGUCUUAUCCGAGCGAUGUCCCCCACCAGCAAGUACAGCGCCGGCAACUGCACCGCCCCUCCCGGGAACCUGCAUCAGGACGCCCAUGGCAGCGUCACCAUCACGGACGGCUUCGACGACGGGCAGCUGCGUGCGCUUGAGGAGACUGAACAGAGUGUCGGGCUCUGUGAGAAAACGUUAGACUGCAUCCUGGCUAUUUUCCAGAUGAUAAGUCGUUCCUCGUAUGUUGGAACCAGUAUUACAAUGAUGGCGUGGAGCAUCACGUACCACAGCUGGCUAACCUUCGUGCUGCUGCUGUGGGCGAGCGUGCUGUGGAUCAUCCCGAACCAGCGACGCUCCAUGCUGCGCUGCUCGCCGUUCCUCGUCUUCUACGCCCUGUUCCUGCUCAUGUCGCAGUACGUGUAUGGCAUGGAGCUCACUGAGGCCGAGCUGCCCCAGGAGGUGGAGGGCCUCAACCUCAAGCAGAUCGGCUUCGUGAAGGCGGUGCGGCUGCCCGUCAAGCCCGUACUGGCCAAGGUGCUGUACACGAUAAUGUUCUGGCUCACGCUUCGCCAGUUCAUGCAGGAGACAUUCGAGCAGCACAACACGUCGACUCUGCAAGACAUGGUAGCUCCCUUACAAAUAACUGUUGGUGCAGCGACGAGAGGUGAGUGUUCAGGGUUUUCAGACCAGAGAGAACCUGAGUCUAGUCCGAUCAUGAAGAAAGUUGGUGAACUUGUCCAGCACUUCUUGACAAAGUUCUGGAUCUGGAUAGUUGCUAUCAUGCUGUUUGUGAUAAGUUUUGUUGGUGAGAAAAUGACGGUGCUUCGCAUAAUUUACAUGGCACUAUUCCUCUUUUUCAUUCUCACCUUCCAGAUUUCGUAUCAUGUGUGGCGUAAAACGAUGUAUGCCUUUUGGCUGGUGGUGAUUUUGUACUCCAUGUCUAUAUUGGUGCUGAUAUACACAUAUCAGUUUGACAAUUUCCCAGAGUACUGGGUCAAAUACUUGGGAGUGUCAUUGGGCAUUCAAGAUGAUCUCGGCUUGAAGCGCUAUGACACGGGUGUUCUGUUUGCGAGACUGCUCGUCCCUGCCUUCUUCCUGGUCAUCACAGUCAUACAGUUGCACUAUUAUCACAACGACUUCCUCGCGAUAUCCGAAAUGAAAAGCAGUCUGAGUGCUGGCAGGCCGUCACAGGGGUCCAUCGUCGUCGCUGGCGACUCUGGCACCAACCAGGAAUUUGCUCGACCCAGGGGCUUGCCCUCUCUGCGCACGUUGAAACAUCUUUCCAAAGAGGAACUACUGCAGAUUGCUCAGGAACUCAGGAAAAGAUUCAACGACUGUCUGGAGCUGGGCUGGUGCUUUUUGGAACUGCAUCUUUUGAAGAUAAUGAUGCUGUCUGUAGUUUUGAUGUGCAUUUAUGAUGUGUGCGCACUGCACUUCCUGCUGCUGCUCCUGGUGGUGGCCACGGUGUCCUUCGGGCGGAGGAUCCUGCUGGUGACGACGCACGUCAUCGCGGUGCUGGUGUCCUUCCUGCUGCUCGCCAAGAUGAUCUACCAGAUAGACUUCUUCAAGCACCACGACUACAGCGUCAACUGCUCCCUGCCGGGAGCAAGUGGAAACUUCAAUGAUGCGGAGUGGUUUGGUUUUCAAAAGAAGAAUAGUGAACAUUCUUUGGCGGACUUGACCAAAGGCUACAUUGGGAUGAUAGUGCUGGCGACAGUUCUGUCGGUCGUCGACAUCAGGCAGAUGUACGUGCGGCACGUGAGGGGCCAGGGUCUCGCCCGGCCCUUGGUCCUCUUCCCGAACACCAGGCGGGAGAACGCAGACGACAGCAUCAGGUCUUGCUUGAAGUACCUUCUGAACUACGGCUUUUACAAAUUUGGCAUCGAGAUUUGCCUGGUGAUGCUGGUGAUCCUGAUUGCUUCGCGAAUGGAUGUGUACGCUGUUCUUUAUGCGUUCUGGCUCGGAGCUCUGUUCUCUCUGAAGCGCGAGAUCCUGGCCAAAGUGUGGCCGAUCUUCCAAGUUUUCAUAAUUAUAUUCAUUCCCAUUCAGUAUGCCAUGGCGGUCGGCUUGCCUCCAGGGCUGUGCAAAGAUUAUCCUUGGUACAAGUCGGACACUCUGCGUCGUCUGCAAGAUUGGCUGUACUUGCCGGACCCUUUGCAUCCUCCAUCCGCCCGCAAACUUAUUUGUGACUUCCUACUGCUACUCUUCGUGUGUAGACAGAGGAUAGUGUUCUACAUAGAGAAGAUACACAUCAAUCAGGAAUACCCGGGUGGGAGCAACAGAGAUAUUGAGAAGGAAGUUGAAGAACCUAGUUUCAAAAAUUCUGUCCCAGACUUUGUGACAUACACAAGAUCGUGGCUGGACGUGCUGAAGUUCGUGACGUUCCAGAUCUUCCUGUGGGUGACGCUGGGGCUGGUGUUCCUGGCCGGGACGAACAGGGUGAACGUAUUCUCGAUCGGCUACCUGGUCGGCACGUUCAUCUUCCUGUGGCGCGGGGAGGAGACCUACCUCAUGCCGCUGGGGAGGAUCGUCAAGUGCUGGAACGUGCUGCUCGGCUACAACGUGUCUGUGAUCGUCAUCAAGGCCUGGCUGCAGAUCGUGGGCUGCGUAUUCAUCAAGCACGCGCUGCGCUCGGCCUGCUGGGCCGUGCAGCUUCUCGGCAUAGGCUGCGUCCGGAAAAUAGACUUCCUCCCGGGCAGCCCCGCUGCUAAAGACAUGGCAGUGUGCAGCGUGCCUGUCGACCACGUUGGGCUGGCCUGGGAUGCCGUCUGCUUCACGGCUCUCGUCUUCAUGAGGCGAUUGUUCUGCAGUUAUUACUUUGUGCACAUGGUCAACGAAACAAAGGCCAUGACUGUACUUGCCUCCAGGGGGGCAGAACUUAUAGAAGAAUUGCGUGUGAAGCGAAUAGUUGAACAACAAGACCAGGAGCACCAAAUACUAGAGAAAAUAAAAAUGAAGAUGGAGCGCAUCAAAGCAACGCAGCAAAAAAUUCAUGGCUCAAGGUUCAAAGAACCGGCUCAUCAUUUUGAAGCAAUCCGGUCUGGCGACUACUACAUGUUUGAGGAGCUGGAUGACAUAGAACUGGAGGAAGACAAGACGUCUGAGCAAGAAGAUGAUGACAAGGCUGUCACUUUGGGCAAGUUUCUGUCGACGGCCAUGAAGACAGACCUGGAGCAAGCCGCCGACCUGGCAUUCUCCCAGCCACAGAGCACGCCCCCUGAGCUCGAGGCGGACGAUCGGCCGCCGCCCUUGCCUCGCCAACAGUCGUCCUCCUUCUUCACGGCGCAGAGCCAAGUCGCGUCUCCCCUCGCUCCCGCCGGCAGCGACCCUUCCCUCCACGGCGACAACUGCGACGGCUCUGCCGAGAGCAAGGGUAGCUACCACUCGGUGGACGGGCAGCCGCCCGGGGGCUCCGGCAAGGGUGACCAGACCCCGCUCGGCUCCGAACACACCCUCGUCUCCGAGACCGACAAGGAGUCGGAGAAGGAGCCCACGAUACUGAGCAAGAUUUGGACGUAUAUUAAAGUCCUCUGGGCAUUCAUUGAAAGUGCAAUGGUGUCUCUUACAAAGUACUUGAACCGCAACUCUAAAGAUUAUCGCUAUGUGGUGAAGAUUCUGUCUAUGGAAAAAAAAAUGCUAAAGGCAACGUCUGAUUUUGGCUUGGGAAUCCGUAGUGGUCCAUCAAUGGUGUGGCAGCCAUUACCUUCAGUCAUAGAAACCAGGAAAUCUAGGCAAAACAUCUCGGAGCAGCACGCGGCGGGGGUGGGAGAGUCCAGCAGCACCCUCGAGGCGUGUGACUCCAGGCAGGUGAAGGCGAGGCCAGAUAUCCCCGAGAUUAGGAUCCUCGCCCCCAGCUUGGAGCGGGGCUUAGGCUUGGAAAGCAUGAUGCGCGUGAGCCUGGAGCAGAUGGAGGAGGACCGCGAGCUGAGCGCGGCCGGCCAGCCGCCCGUGGUCCAGCUCUGCGUCGCCGUCUACUACUCCCUCAUGUCCCACUCGGAGCUCGUCUGCUACUUCAUGGUGUUCCUGCACCAGAUCAAGUCGGCCACCAUCCUGUCGCUGCCGCUGCCGCUCAUGGUGUUCCUGUGGGGCACGCUCACCGUGCCCCGCCCCACCAAGACCUUCUGGAUCACCCUCAUCGCCUACACCGAGGUGGUGGUAAUCAUAAAGUGCUUGUUCCAAUUCGAGCUGAUACCCUGGAAUCAGCAGCCCAUUCUCGACAACAUGCCCUUCGCUCCAGCCCGCAUCAUUGGCAUUGAGCGUAAACCAAACUAUGCCACUUACGACUUAGCUCUGCUACUUAUUAUAUUCUUCCAUAGGGUGAUGCUGAAGUCCAUGGGCCUGUGGAAGUCGACGUACGAGGACCCGGUGCCCUUCUCGCAGAAGGAGGAGGUGUUCGUGGUGGAGGGCUCAGAGAACAACUCGGGCAGCGACCGCAUGAGCCGCAAGAUCUCGAUGAGCAGCGUGAGCUCGCUGGGGCGGCAGGUGGUGACGCCGGCGGGCUGCCGCCUCAGCGCCAUCAGGAGCUCGGAGGACGUGGGCGACGACGGCGGGGACGCCAAGGGCAAGCAGCUGGUGGUGGUCGUCACCGAGCCCCAGAAACUGUUAGACCACUACCCGGGUAUUAUAAAGCUGGCGACGAUGAGAUACUUUGCUUCUGUGAAACUAUUCUUCAAAUACCUGUUGGCUCCAACGGCACGUGUCACUGCUGAUGUUUACACGUGGAUGUUCCUGUGCGAUUUUUUCAACUUUCUAGUCAUUAUUUUUGGAUUUGCUGCAUUUGGGACCCAGCAGGGCGACGGGGGAGUGGCUGCGUACUUGGAGGAGAACAAGGUGCCCGUCCCGUUCCUGCUCAUGCUGAUACUGCAGUUCGGGCUGAUCAUCAUCGACCGCGCCCUGUACCUGCGCAAGUUCAUCCUCGGCAAGGUCAUAUUCCAGUUCCUGCUCGUGGUCGGGAUACACGUGUGGAUGUUCUUCAUCCUGCCGGGCGUGACGGAAAGACAGUUCAAUGCAGCUCUGCCCCCGCAGAUGUGGUACAUGGUGAAGUGUUUCUACCUGCUGUUGUCUGCUUACCAGAUCCGCUGUGGCUACCCCACACGCAUUCUGGGCAAUGUGCUGUGCAAGAGAUACAACAUCCUCAAUCUCGUCAUGUUCAAAGUAUACUUGCUGGUGCCGUUCCUGUUUGAGCUGAGGGCGCUGAUGGACUGGGUGUGGACGGAGACGUCCAUGACCUUGUUCGACUGGCUCAAGAUGGAGGACAUCUUCAACAACAUCUUCCAGCACAAGUGCUCGCGCCGCAUGGAGAACGAGUACCCGCAGCCUCGCGGCGAGAGAAAGAACCCCACGGUCAAGUACCUGAUGGGAGGCGGCUUCCUGGUCGUCAUCAUCGGCAUCAUCUGGUUCCCGCUGGUGCUCUUUGCGCUGGGCAGCACCGUGGGCCAGCCCAACCUGCCGUACGACGUCACCAUGUCGCUGCACAUCGGGCCGUACCAGCCCGUCUACCGCAUGUCCGCCCAGAACAACUCCAUAUACAGGUUGAACGAACAGCAGUGGGAGCAGAUGCUGAAUGCGUACCAGAAAGACAGAGUCGCACAGACGUUCUUGUCGGGUUACGACUCUGAAGACAUUGGGGUUAUUUCCAUGUGGGGCAACUCCACCGCUGUGUGGGGCGCGUCCCCUCCCGACCUCGAGCGCCUCAUUGCUGAAGUGAAGUCUGCGAACCCGCUGGUGUUCAAGCUGAUGUGGACGGUGUCGCGGCACAGCAACAGCCGGGAGUACUCGGGCACGGCCGAGGAGACCCGGGAGUGGGUGAUGAACGCCCUGGACGAGCACGGCGAUCCCAACCCGCAGCGCGACAUCCUGGCCAACAUGCUGAGCCCCAGCGGCAACAGCUCCAAGUCCAUCAUCCUCAGCCGGCUGCUGCCCAAGUUCCUCAAGGUCACCAACCGCAACACCGCGCAGCCUGUCAAGCAGCUCAUGAUGACUGAAGAAGAUGACCUUGCAUAUCGCAACUUAUCGAUUCACCUGUACAGAGACCUGGAUGUUGGCAAACUGUGGUGGGAACUGAAAGAAGAGAACUGUCCCGAUCCAACGCCGGCCGUAUUGAAGCAGUUGCCGUACUUCAAAAAUGACUGCGUGCAAAUGCUGAUAUACACGUUCAAUGAAAAGGCUUUCCCCAAAGGGUUGAGUGUUAUCUCUGGAGGAGGAAUCAUUGGGCUGUACUCAGCGUUUGUGAUUGUGGCAUCUAAGGUUAUCAAAAGUAUAGCAGUUGGAUCAUCGUUUAGAAUUAUGUUCGAAGAAAUGCCUUACGUGGAUAGAAUACUGCAGCUGUGCCUGGACAUCUACCUGGUGCGCGAGAGCCGGGAGUUCGCGCUGGAGGAGGACCUGUUCGCGAAGCUGGUGUUCCUGUACCGGUCCCCGGAGACGCUCAUCAAGUGGACGCGGCCGCCCGAGGAGGGUGACGCGGAGGACGAGGACCAGCCUCCCGCGGUCCAGCAGUGAGCGGCCAGUGCCGCCAGUGCUGCCACCCGCGGGAACACCCUCUCCUGCCGGUCGCUCAGCAGUAAUGUGCGGAGGGAACUCCCUACACCAACUUUUUCAUAAAGUUCCGAAAUGAUUGCGUAAAAUUAGUCUACAGAGUCAGAUAUGUACAGCAUUUUCUUUUUUUGCUUCUAAAAGUACGAAUUGCCUCAUGUUGAACACAUGUUAAAUAAAAAAAAUAUAUAUAUCAAAUUAGUAAAUAGCUCUAACGGAAUAAUCAGAUUGGUGAAAUGUUAUUACCGACAGUGGUACACCGUAGCAGCCGUGCCGUUUGGUAUGUUCUCAACGCUGAGCAAACAAUUUAGGAUGAAAAGUUUUCAUGAUAAAUCUGACAGUUGCUACAUGAGUUUUUAUGAGACUGUAAUGUUAUUUAUAAAAGAUUUGCUGUGUUGUUUACUAUGAAAUUAUCUGUUUAGAUAGUCAGUGUCACCCCGUUGUGUUUUGGUAGCGUUUUGUAUUGCUUGGCAUGUAAGAAAGCUUUCUUGCACAAGUAUUUUAUAGGUGUAUGUACUUGUUAUAAUGAUAAGUGUGUGAAGUUUUAUGGAUCUGUUCUUGAAUGCUGUCUUACCUUCAGUGCUUAUGAUAAAUGCUCUUUACCAUGUCUGGGCUCAAUAUAAUAAAAGAAAUUAAUCAUUUACAUUACCAUAUCAACUGCAUAUAGGUAUACACUACUUUAAAUAAAUGCUUAAAAUAUUUUGGCAUUCCCAUGAACUUAUUUAUAGUGAAUCUCUGUCAAGGCCCGUUCUAUAAUGACAUGUAAACUGAGACAGAUCAUGUAAACGAAGACGGAUCUCAAGGAAUGGAGUAUCUACGAUUGCACUCAUGUGGUCAUGUGGUCUGGAAUGCUCAACUCUUGCAACCAAUAGAAGCAUUUGGCCAUGGUUGUGACAUUAGGCCACCUGAGACUAAACAGUUGGGGCAUUUCUGAACUGCAAUUACGAGUUAGGUAAUGCUCUACACCAGUCAUUGUGUAUUGCCAUUUGGUUCUGUCACAUUUAAAACUAUAUUUAAAAAAUUGUAUUUUAAUUUACAUAAUCAGCUCAUCUGGAGAUAAGUAAAUAUCCAAAAAUGUAUUACAAAUUUAGAUUUUACCCAAAACUAUGAAAAUCAAACAACUGUAGGGUGCCAAUUUGAGUAAACCAAGAGCAUUUGUGUCUUAAAUCCUUUUAAGAACUGUAAAUAACUUAUGUAUUUUGAUUUUCUGGUUUGACAGAAUGGUCAUAUGAGUGUGUCUGGUAUGAGUGUGUGUUGUAAGCUGUGAAGUAAUUUAUUUUAUGUAAUCAUUAUUAGCACGAUGAAGUGGCUAAGCAUGAGCGAACAGUGACUGAAUUGUACAUGUUUUAAACAUUUAUGUAUAUUUUUCUAUUUAUUUGUUAUGGUAAACUGUUACGGACCAAAUUGUGAAAUGGAAAUAAUCAUCAGUUUGUGAAACUGAGAUCAUCAAUAAGUGUAACGUGAAUUUUUAUUUGUACUUGAUGUAUUUUGUUGUAGGUUUUGAAUGUUUUGUUCUCAUUGAAUCAUCAGUUCUUUAGUUAAAUGUAUUGUUAUUUUAAUGCAGUAUUACUUGUAAUUUUUUAAAAUAUUUGGUGGGUAUUGAGCCAUUUAAACACUAUUAUAUUUAUACUAGAUGGAAGAAACAGUUUGUGAGCAAGAUUUAGAGUGGUAGAGAAAUUUUUAUCAUAAAAAAAAUUUGUGACUAUUGGAAGUGUUAACAAUAAAUUUUUUUAAAAAUAUAAUUGUAAACUCAUGUAUCAUUUCACAUGACAGUAUUGCAAAAAAAAAAAGCUGAAGUUAUCAGUAGUUGUAAGUAGUGCCUUAUAUUUGCAGUGAUAAAGUUGUUCCAAAGCUAGUUCUGUUUUUUUUUUUUUUUUUUAUGUAGGAAAGCUGCAAUUAACUGAUGCAUUUAUUUAUUAUCAAAUUUUGAAUGUAACCAAGUUUUAAAAAUGGCAUCAUUACACCUUGAUUUUUUUAAUGUUAAUGUUGAGUUGUAUCAUUGUAUUUAAUUAUGUUGUUUCCAAUAAUAAUUUUUUUUCCCUUCACUGUGAA